CCGCCACCCAGCAUGGCCGAGUACGAGACAAACAACUCGGCUACGGCUGAGAACACGACAGAAGACUCGAAGAAGAUCACGUUCCGCUUCUGUCGCGAGUGCUCCAACAUGCUCUACCCGAAGGAAGAUCGCGACAACUCCUCCCUUAUGUUCGCCUGCCGCACGUGCCAGUUCAGCGAACCCGCCACCGCCAGUUGCAUCUGGCGCAACUCACUGAAGGAGGAUGUACAAGAGACCGCAGGCAACGUCUUGGACGUGGCGGAGGAUCCAACGCUCCCCCACUCCGACAUCAUGUGCAAAAUGUGCCGUGGCCGCGACGCCGUGUUCUUCCAGAGCCAACAGCGCACCGCCGAGACUGGAAUGGCCCUCUUCUACGUAUGCUGCAACCCCGAGUGCAAGCACGUGUGGUCGACCUUGGACGAGAAGAAGUAGAACCGCCGCUUUGAAAAGUCGAUUGAAACACAAGAAGAAGAGGACAUCGAAGUUCCAGACGACGACAACGAAAAUGCAACAUGCGAGAGCUCGCCCAACAAAAGCUCGCCCAACAAAAGCUCGCCCAAC